AUGGAUCUUAAAUUGCAAAUUUUGGAAGACAUUAAAUAUGUACGUAUAAUAGAAGAACAAAUGCAUAAGGGGAAAUUAAGAAUUGUAGGUGGCGCAAAAGCUCCUCCAGAAUUUGGGAAAUUCAGUGUAUCACUACAAAAUAUUACAGGGCAUCAUGUUUGUGGAGGUGCUAUUAUUUCACAUAGACAUUUGGCAACUGCUGCACACUGCGUAUAUGGAGCGAAAGCGAAAUAUAUAAAAGUUGUAGUUGGAACCACUGAUCUGGACUAUAAAGGGUUAAAAUAUAACGUGGAAUCAGUACACGUUCAUGAUUGUUAUAAUUACACCCUGAAAUUAAACGAUAUAGCAAUAAUAACAAUAAAAGGAUUAUUUGACUUACGAAAAGUAGAAAUGAUUAAACUUGACGAAAAUUAUGUAAAAGAGGGGGAAAUUGUUCAGUUAACAGGUUUCGGAGCUCAAAAGGCUUACGGAGAGUCAAGCCGGAGAAUGCACGCCCUGAAUUUAACAGUAUUUGAUCAGAAGAUUUGUCAAUACGCCAUGCGUUACACGCGAAAAGUUUACAACAGUAUGUUUUGCACAUUUACAAAAAUUGGCCAAGGAACUUGUCAUGGAGAUUCCGGAGGACCAUUAACAAAGGAUAAUAAAUUGGUCGGAAUAGUUUCAUGGGGGAUACCCUGUGCUGUUGGUUUCCCAGACGUGCAUACAAGAAUAUCACCACACGUGAAAUGGAUUCGUAAAAUAAUAGAUAAAAAAGUUUGUAGUUAUUGCGACUACACAAAAACAAAAGUAUCUCAUAAAUGAAAUGACAGGUCUCAAUACUGAAAUAUUCACUUUAAGAGUGGUGAUAAAAACAAACUUAGGUUUUUUAUUAUGUAAACAUUUAAUUACCUACUAUAUUGGUUAAAUUGUUUUUACGAUACGAUAUAAACGAUUAAGACAUUAUUUUUUUAAAUUCCUUUAGACGGCUUA